AAGGAUCAUCUGGAAGUGGUGAAUGAGAUCAUUUGUCAUUUGCUGUCAUUUGAAAGUGAUAAGAGAACUGUGUUUUGAGGAGAGAACUGACUCUAUCUGAGUAUGCUGCGUGUCCCUCUGUCCAGUCGGAUGGUGGCUGCGGGCCUAGGCCACCAGGCCCGUGCCUCAGGCUGCCUUCAAUUACCUGUUCAGUUGACACAGAAACAGGGCAAGGGCCGUGUUUCUGUGUCAUCCGGUUACAGCACGACCACAACCAAUCAGAAUACCCCGUCCUUCAGUUACGUCAUAGUCGGUGCCGGCUCGGCCGGGUGCGUGCUGGCCAACCGCCUGUCGGAAACCCCGUCAGAAUCGGUACUCCUUCUAGAGGCGGGGCCUAAGGACAUGUUGCUAGGCAAUAUUCGACUUUCGUGGAAGAUCCACAUGCCUGCGGCCCUGACCUAUAACCUCUGCGACGAUAAGUACAACUGGUACUACCACACUCUGCCUCAGGCCGGCAUGGACAACCGGGUCAUGUACUGGCCUCGCGGACGGGUUUGGGGCGGCUCAUCUUCGCUCAACGCUAUGGUGUACAUCCGGGGACACGCUGAGGAUUACAACCGUUGGCAAAAGGAGGGUGCCCAGGGAUGGGAUUACGAACACUGCCUGCCUUACUUCCGUAAAGCCCAGGCGCACGAGCUGGGCGCGGACCAGUACCGUGGAGGUAAUGGACCCCUUCACGUCUCCCGAGGUAAAACCGAUCACCCACUUCACCACGCAUUCAUCAAGGCGGGUCAACAGGCGGGGUACCCUUACACAGAGGAUAUGAAUGGAUACCAGCAGGAGGGUUUUGGAUGGAUGGAUAUGACCAUCCACAAAGGAAAGAGAUGGAGUACAGCCAGUGCCUAUCUCCGUCCUGCCCUUUCACGCCCAAACUUGAAGGCUGAGGUUCGAUGCCUGACUACCCGCAUCCUCUUCGACGGGAGCCGAGCCAUUGGCGUGGAGUAUCAACAGAACGGCCAGACAAAGAAGGUGUUCGCUGAGAAGGAGGUGAUUCUAAGUGGAGGAGCUAUUAAUUCUCCCCAGCUCCUCAUGCUGUCUGGUAUAGGCAAUGCUGAUGACCUUAAAAAGAUGGAUAUCAAUGUCGUCCAGCACCUCCCAGGUGUAGGCAGUAAUCUUCAGGACCAUCUGGAGCUGUAUGUUCAGCAGCAAUGUACUCAGCCUAUUACAUUAUACAAAGCUCAGAAACCUUUCCAUAUGGUGAAGAUUGGUUUGGAGUGGUUGCUUAAAUACACAGGUUAUGGGGCCACUGCUCACCUGGAGAGCGGAGGUUUCAUCCGCAGUCGUCCAGGUGUGACCCACCCAGACAUUCAGUUCCACUUUUUACCCUCCCAGGUCAUCGAUCACGGCCGCGUUAGCUCAAAAAUUGAGGCUUACCAGGUUCAUGUGGGACCAAUGAGGAGCACUAGUGUUGGAUGGUUAAAACUGAAGAGCAGAAACCCUCUGGAUCAUCCCAUCGUUCAGCCCAAUUACCUCUCCACUGACACUGACGUUUGGGAGUUCAGAGAGUGCGUCAAACUGUCUCGAGAAAUCUUCGCCCAGAAAGCCUUUGAUCCGUUCCGUGGUCCCGAGGUCCAGCCGGGCCCGUCGGUUAACACCGAUGCCGAGAUUGACGCCUUCGUGCGGCAGAAAGCCGACAGCGCGUAUCACCCCUCCUGUACGUGCAAGAUGGGCCAGGAAUCGGACCGCAUGGCGGUAGUGGGACCAGACACGCGGGUGUUCGGCCUGGACGGGCUGAGGGUAGUGGACGCCUCCAUUAUGCCCAGUGUGGUCAGUGGGAACCUGAACGCUCCCACUAUCAUGAUCGCAGAGAAAGCGGCCGACGCCAUCAAGGGGCUGCCCUCUCUCCAUGACCCCGGUGUGCCCGUUUACCAGCCUCCAAGUCUGGACACACAGCGAUGAGAGAAACAGACAAAUAGCCACGCCUAACGAGAGGACCACCACAAAUAACACUAACAGAAUCUACACACAAAAGCUCAGUUUUUGAGAACUGCCAGCAGAAAUGUGAUGUAACUCUUUAAGACUUAUGCUCUAACACUGUUUCUGAACUGGAUUUAGCACGAUGAAAUAUCCUUAUGUUGUCAACAAACACUACUCCAGACCUCACUGACAGCUUAAACUCCACUCUCUCUCUCUCUCUCUCUCUCUCUCUCUCUCUCUCUCUCUCUCUCUCUCUCUCUCUCUUUCUCUCUCUCUUUCACCAAGAUACAAGAAGCCAAUGGCUGAGUUUCUUGCUAGGAACUGGUUUGGUCGAUUUGUCUUUUGAAGGUCCAGUCUUCUGACACUAGGGGGAGCCCAAGAAAACAUUAAUUAAUCACUUUUAAAAAUCUGGAUUAAUACACACAAAACCAGGUCUUAACGUUUGCUUUAAACUUUGACACAGUCUAUGCUUAGUGUAGUUUGACCUCAGGCAUAUGAAGAUGUUUGAUGCUUUUCUUUUCUUGCCCCACUGUUCUUGCUGGAUGUGCAGCUGUUAUCUAGGGUUUGUUGACCUGCACUUGAUACCUGUGAAGUAUGUUUUCUAAAAUGAUGCAUAUUAUAACAGUGCAAGCUAUUGAUUAGCUUUUUCAAUGUGAAUUAUGUUUUCUGCAAUGCCUAAUCAAUAUGACUUCAAAAUAACUGAAAUGACUAAUCAAUACUAUAUGACAGUAUUAUGACAGUAUUAUUAAGCACAGUGAUAUGAAUCAUACAAAAUGAGAUUAUAAUGUAUGUUGCUAAUGGGUAGGUGAUUGGUACGACCCAAUUGUGAUCCUUUCUGCUUCAAUGAUGGUGCAAUGUGAAAGAUAAUGAAAAACAAUCUUGAAAAUAUUCAUGAUUUGCAAGAAGGGAAAAAUAUUGUUUACAUUUUUAGUUUAGUUCUUUUUUUUAUGUCCGUCGUGUUACGAGUUCAUAUCAGUGUCCUUUCUUCUUGAGACAUUUCUCACCUAUUCAGAUGAAUAAGGGUCUUUGCACUGUCGUUAAAAAUAUGCUAUAUAAAGAUGAGAAAAGCAGUCG